CUUCAAAUAAAAAGAGGGUAAAGUUCUUUGAAGAUCAUAACACGGUUGAAUUGAAUUGAAGAGUGUGAGUCAUCAGAAAGAAGAGAAAGAAGGAAUGACGUGGAUUCGCCAGCAGCUCAUGAAAGCUAUUACACUCGGCAUGAUUGUUGGGUCUGCACUGAUAAUAUGGAAAGCAUUGGUGUGUAUGAGUGGCACUGAAUCUCCUGUGGUGGUGGUUCUCUCUGGAAGCAUGGAACCAGCGUUCAAGCGGGGGGACAUCCUAUUCUUGUAUAUGAGCAAAGAUCCAAUUCGCGCAGGCGACAUUCUUGUCUUUAAUGUUGAUGGGCGUGACAUCCCCAUUGUUCAUCGCGUAAUUCAGGUACAUGAAAGACAAGAUACUGGGGAGGUCGAUAUUCUCACCAAAGGAGAUGGCAACGAGGGUGAUGACAGGGUAUUGUAUGCUCAAGGUCAGCUUUGGCUACAAAGGCACCACAUUAUGGGAAGAGCUAUUGGGUCCUUACCUUAUGCUGGUUGGGUCACAAUUAUCUUGACGGAAAAGCCUAUCAUUAAGUAUGUCCUCAUUGGUACAUUGGGGUUGCUCAUCACCAUUUGAAGACGGCAAAUAAAAAUCAAAAUAAAAAUCAAAACCAAACCUCCUUAUAGCUGUUCCUACUUGUCCACUUGUUCAUUACACGUUGCUUCAUCCAAUGCCCUGAUGCUACAGGAUAUUAAUUGUCCUUUAAUUUAUACACAAAUUUAGCUAAUAUAUUGAUGCUUUGUAAAUUUUAAUAAAAAAGUGUAAGAUUGAUUUUUUUUUUCAUAUAUUAAGAGCUUCGAAAGAACUAUUACUUUUUCAUUCUUUUUCAUACAAUAAAAAAAGGUUUAUGCUUUUUAUGUUAA